GUCUGUCCAUUUACCUGUCCUUGCUCCCAUUGCUCUCCUCGGAUUUGUGACCGACCCUAGCGCAGUAUGAACACGGCACAAUGGUUAAUCCAGCACAGCAUCAAGGGCUUCGUGGCUUCUGUCUUGUCAUCUCGUCACUGAUAUCAGUGAGUGUGGCUCUGACACGUAACAAAUCGGAAAGUUAGCUUCGUCGUCGGCUGAACGGUGCCUCUGCGCAUGCUGCUCUCAUGAUAAAGUUCCGUUUGAGACUCCAGGCAGAUUACCGUACGGCGUAGAGCACACUGCGGCGGAGUGACGCGCUCGUGGCAAAUUUUCUCACUUCUAGCCUACUCCACAUGAAGCAAGUUCCAGGAACGACUCGACACUCUGCACUGUCCGGUGCUGCCCUCUCCGACGAGCCACAUUUCCAACAAACCGCCAAGCGAGCGACGUUGUCGGCCGCAGAUUCUUCUGCUUUUCUUGGGGGCUCGGGCAAAGUCGCCUGGGAGAUCUCGACACUAGUAGCGCCAACGACAUAUCGUUCACAACGCACUUCUUUGCUUCCGCGCAGAUCCUAGUCUUUUACUCUUGCUUCCACCUACUACCUCGAAAAACCGGCCGUUUAAUGCUCCCCGGAGGAGCGGGCUUCGCUCGACUCACACUCCCCUGUUUAGCUCGAAUUCCUUUCGUUCCUGGAAGCUAGCCAUGGCAGACUCGGGCAAGUUCCCGAUAGCGGAAGCCCAGCUUGUCGGGAUGUUCAUGGAAAGCGUGGCCUAUGGCAUAUUCCUUGUAACGUUCGGCCUCUGCGUCAAGGCACUGUUGUGUGUGAGGGACCAGCUGGUGCUAAAACCGUUGAAAGAUGUGAAUUGGGGCAUGUUCUGUGUCGCUGUUCUAAUGCUCAUCUUCGCCACAUUCGACGUUGCUUUCGGAUUGCGACACAACCUGGAUGCCUUUAUCUUCUACACGGGACCUGGGGGACCUACUGCGGAGUUCCAGGACCUUAGGUCCUGGAUUAACAUUAUGAAGACAGUUGAUUUUGUCGCACAAACUUCGAUAGGCGACGCUAUACUAAUAUACCGCUGCUGGAUGAUCUAUGCAGGACGAAUAGUCGUCAUUCUAUUCCCAAUCGCGCUGUGGCUCACGACUCUCGUCGCCGGAGCGAUGAUGAUCUGGGUUGAGAACACGACCGAAAGGAACGCGCUGAUUGAGGAUCCGCGCGUAAAACCCUGGCUCGACACCAUCACCGCCUGCACACUCCUCGUCAAUGUCCUCGUCACCUCGCUCAUCGUUUGGCGGAUCUGGCGUGUCAGGUCCAAGGCGGCUGCCGCGACGGUGCAUCCGCACCGGCUGUCCCGGCUUAUGCGAAUCAUCCUCGACUCGGGUCUGCUCUACACAGUUUGUGUGGUCAUCUUCUUCGGCACGACGCUCGCGGGCAGCAAUGCACAGUACGGCGUUUCGGACGUGGUGGUGCAGGUCAUCGGCAUCACCUUCAACUUGAUCAUCAUCCGCGUAAACAACGGCACGGCCGCGGAGGCCAAGCAGUUCACGACGACGUCGGGGGCGCUGCACAGCAUACGGAGCUUCCCUCUGCGCUUCCUGCGCACCCAGACGCUCGACCAGACGGCGUUCACGCUCCCGGUGGAGGCUACGCUCCCGACAGAGGUUGGCGUCGAGGUCUCGGUCUCGCAGCAUCGCGACGAGGAAGACGAGGACGAGAGGCGCAGCAUUACCAAGAGGCGCGACUCGUGGGAGGGCAGCGACGGUUUCGCGGUGUAGAGCCUCGCACGCGUAUGUAUCAUUUUUGUACGAUAGAGGGUUUGUCUCUAUCCCAGGACUCGCUUAUAGAUGCUAAUCCACGUCGUUCGGCUGCACUGGUCCUGCUCUGCACGUCCCACGCUGGACGUGGCCCGCGUGAAAGGGUUGGUUGGGAUCAUCCAGCACGGUAUCUCGUGCCACGGUGGACAUGCGCUCGUAUGCUGCACAUGCCUCGCAGUCAGCAUUGUUCCCCAUCACAUCUGCCCGACGCGCGCACAGCAGGCCGUCACACUGACAGCGUUCUGCUACGCAAGUGCCGCGAGGAAUGGAGAUCUAGCCUGCGGUCAUGCCUCCGCGUUCAACGGCAGGAAGGCCUCGAGAACGGAAGAUGAUACCGCCACGGGGCAGGGAUUGCCACAUCGAUGGCCUCUCAAACUCCUGUGUCUUGUUCCGGCCAACGUCGGCCGCCGAGCAAUGA